AUGUAUUAUUACAUCGCACUAUCGGCACUCGCUGUGCUUGCCACCGCAGCACCUCUCACCCGACGAACUCAAGACGGCCAGUCCGGCUGGCAAGGCGCCAAUGGCACCACUGGCCGACCAAAUCCCACCUACACCACAGAGCAGUUGAGCAAUAUCAAGCUAGCCAUGUCGACCGCCGACCGGCUCAAAUAUAUCCAAAGUCUAGGAGACACAGACCUUUACUUCAAGUUCGACUACAGCAUUGCAGCCAACCCGAAUCCGGUCGCUGGUGCAGGGCAGGGCGGACAAGGAGACCUCUCAUACGUCGGUAACUGGCCGAUCUUGCUUGAUCUGGGCGUCGCCAUGUCCAUGGGCUUCAUGAACCCAUGCGGCAUGAACACCCCUCACACGCACAACCGCGCCACCGAGCUCCUCAUAGUGGUGCAGGGUAACAACGUGCACACGUCCUUCAUCCAGGAAAGCGGAUUGGUAACACCAAUCACAACCACUCUCAACCAAUACCAGGGCGCCGUCUUGCCCAUUGGCUCCAUCCACUACGAGUUUAACGAUAGCUGCGAGCCUGCUGUAUUCGUGGCCGCAUUCUCCAACGAAGAUCCCGGACUCAGUCGAACGGCGCAGAACUUCUUCGGUGAAGAUGGCAGCAUCGUCCAGGCUGAUCUCGGCUUCCUCAAGGUCUUCGAGAACAUCAAUAUACCGAAGUUCCAGUCCCAGAUACCGAAGGCGUUUGCGCUGGGGGCACAGCAGUGCUUGGAAAGGUGUGGUAUCAAGUACAAUGCCACUGAGCACUAG